AUGUGUUGCGAGUACGAUUUGCUUCCGAUCUACUCAACGGUUCAGUAUGAGAAGCUCCAAAUCCGUCCCGGCGAGUAUUUCGAGGGCGACGAGCAAAUGGACGGCGAUACCGUAACCGCGUUCGACCUGAUUGGCGAUAUUCAGCAAGUUCGUGAUGCUGCGAGCGGAAAUUUUACUUAUAAUUUAUUGAUUUAUCGUUAUCACUGCGGAAAAAUCCCCGAUUCACCGCCCGCGUGGUACAUGAAGAAGCAGUGGCCGUAUUGGACGCCCGUGGCCUAG